AUGGCCGGUGUGCCGCCGCCGCCGCGGCAGCUCGAGGUGCGGCGCUUCGCGGCCGCCCGCGCCGGCGAGCUCCGCUCCCUCUACGCAGCCGUGUCGUCCAGACUCGACGACGCCGGCGGCCCGCAGCAGCCCCGUUCCGCGCGCCGCCGCACCACAGGGCACCUCCCCAACAAGCGCCGCCGCCGGGGAGCCGGAGAGGUGGGUCCCGGGGACGACGGCGGCCUCCCGGCGUGGAAACAGUCCAGGACGGUGAGGCGGCGGCGGGAGCUCGCUGGCAACCCCGCGGAGGGGUUCUCGGUCGCCGGCGACGGCGCGCGGCGGCUGCGCACGCACCUGUGGUGUGCGAAAAGGUUCGUCAUGGAGAGGCGGUGGGGAUUCAUCUUGCCCGUUGGCGCCCAGGGGAGGGCGAGGGGCUCAAGAUGUGUUCUCAAGCGUCUGAAAAAUGGCACGACUAUCCAUGAUGCUGGCUACUUCAUUCCAAUUGAGCUAGAUGGUCCAGAGGACGCCCUGUUAUCCAUUCUCAGAAUGGUUCUCGCCCCAUCUCCUGUAGAAAACACACCUGAUUUGAAGCAUCUACAAGAUCAAGUAAUGCGAGGUGUUUGCUAUGAGAAUGCUAUGCUUUGGGAUGUUAGGAGUCUGCAUUCUCAAAUUGUUGGACCAGUAACGUAUAUGUGGCGUCCAUUCUCAAGAGCAGAUGACAAAUCUGAGAUUGAAGGAGAUCCAUGCACAUCUCACAGCAUUCUGUGCAAGCGGCAAUUCCUCACGACGCCAGAGUUGUGGAUAUGGAUUCAUCCCGCUGCACUCAAUGAAGGGAUUAGUGUAAUAAGAUUUGCAUGUGAGAGACAGAUUCAAGAUUCCGCUGGUGUUGUUAAAUGUUGCUCAUUAGAGGGAAAAAUUGCAAGAUUGGAAGUCAAUGGAUGCAAGGCUAUGCAAUCUCUUAAGAAGAUUUUGCAUCCAACCAAUUCAAGUAAUAUCAACAUGGUAUCAGAUACAAGUGAUAUCUCUGCAUCAACUGAUACUCCCCUAGAUUCCCUUACCGUCCCUCAUCUUUCGAAAGCAUCCGUCAUUGAUAAUGCUGACAUUCUUCAGCCUGCCUCCCUUGACAAGCAGAGCAAAGUUUUGGAGGAAGAUGUAGCCCCAAAUGCUAAUGAGGCGUCAUCAGAGGUUGCAAAUAUGUUGCCAUUGAUGUGGAUGUACCCUGGGAAGCAUGAUAUAUUCCUUUCUGACUGUAGGGAACUGUGGGACUCCAGGCAAAGCAUAAAUCCUCCUGUGUCAGAUGAGGUUCUUUGUAAGGAGAAGCACUGUGAACGUAUGAAGUUUUUCUGCUUGGAUUCAGGAAAUGAUCAAGGGCGAACAACCCAAGAGAAGGAUAACUUCAUUCGAUCCUGCCCGGUUAUUCUUUUGAAACAUGCCGGAGAGGGAAUGCCUGCUCUAGGGUGGUCCAUCAUUCUACCGUUGAGUUGGGUGAAACCUUUCUGGCCCUUUCUAGUAUCUCAUGGUGCCCAUGCAAUUGGCUUAAGAGAGAGACGGUGGAUUGCAGCAAAGUUCAGAAUGCCAUGCUUUCCUUAUGAUUAUCCAGACAGCAAAGCGUAUGCAUCAUAUGCAUCCAAAGAAGCUGCUGGUUUUGAUAAAGUAGCUGAGCGCUGCCCUGUUGCCAAGAGACCUCCAAGCGUUCCUGUGCCUCCUUUAUGGCACUGUAUCAUGACUUGUUUUCAUAAAGAUGAUGGCAUAUUGGGUGUUCUUGAAGUAGACGACUUAGUGCGGGCUAAUAUGGCAUUACCUAAAAACUCGUCUGUACAUUCCAAAUCUGGAGAUGCAGAAGCAUCGCAAGCAAAUGUUGCAUCCUUGCAACUUCAUGUGCCAAGAACCACCCAAAUGUUGAGACAAUAUGUGGAAGAUUUUGAUUUGAAAUAUCUGAGUUCAUCAUCUGACAUGAAAGUGGAUUCUGAUCAACCCAACUUAGCUUAUAAUGACACUGUCAAAAUGGCACGAUUCUCGAGUGAAUUAUGCCUUACAAGGGUUCUGAUCCGAGCUUUCAAGGUAGGUUCUUUCGAAGAGGGUGCUGUCGUUUGUGCCCCAUUUCCUUCAGAUCUUUCAGCUUGGAAAAUCAGAUCAAAGGAAGAAGAGAAAGAAUGCGUAGAAAAAUGGGAACUCCAGCUCCCUCAGUCCCAUGUUAGUUCCUAUUUCUCCUGGUUUGAUGAUCCUAGCACCAGCAGCCUUCAGUUGCCUACAGAUGCUGCCGCACGGGAGGCGUUCAGGUGGCCUAUAGGCUUUGUCACCAGUGGUUUCAUCCACGGAAGUAAUGGGCAAGACGCGGUCGCUGUCGCAUUCUGCGAGGCAAAGCUUCUGGCAGUAUUGAGGCGACAGCAAUGGGCGCAUGAAAACUUGCAGAGCCGGGAGAUCUGCGUCCUUGUCAGGAAUGCAAGAUCGGCUGCGUACCGACGAGCGCUGGCCACGAUCGUCCUGGAACAUCAGGAAUCAGACCUAGAGUUUCUGUUGUUGGGAACCUGUUGA